AUAAAUUUUUUCCGUUAAUGAUACUUUUAUCCUUUGAUGAAACUUUAUCCUUGGAACUUUUUAAUUUUAGAUAUUCCAGUGGCGAUCAGAGAGAGGGAUUUUUCAGUGAUAACAUACUGGAUGGACAAGUAAUCUACACACGGAACGACGGGGUGACAUUUAUUGAAAAAUGGACGAAUGGGACUAGGUUGGUGGAUGAAGAUCAGCUGGUUCAAGUUGGUCUAAAUUUGGCGGACAUUAUUACUCCUAAAUCUUCAGAUAACAUCAGUGACAAUGACGAAACAGCAGUUAAUAAUGAUCAAACCGCAGUUAAUGAUGAUCAAACCCCAGUUAAUGAUGAUCAAACCGCAGUUAAUGAUGAUCAAACAACUGACAAUAAUGAUCAAACCGCACUUAAUGAUGAUCAAACCGCAGUUAAUGAUGAUCAAACAACUGAAAUCAAAGAGAAUAUUCCAAAUCUGAAAUUGAGCAGAGAAGAACAAAAUGGAAUCAAUUUGGAACUCAUUCAAAAGGCCAUAAGAUCUGGGGAUAAACGUGCACUCUUUGCAGCAAAAGAUGAGCUCAAAAACAAAGAGAACAGUGUCGAGUACGCAAAUAUUAAAAGCGAUUCAAGGUAAAUACCACAAAAUAUGAUUCGAGGUGAAUACCACAAAAUAUGAUUCGAGGUGAAUACCACAAAAUAUGAUUCGAGGUAAAUACCACAAAAUAUGAUUCGAGGUAAAUACCACAAAAUAUGAUUCGAGGUAAAUACCACAAAAUAUGAUUCGAGGUAAAUACCACAAAAUAUGAUUCGAGGUAAAUACCACAAAAUAUGAUUCGAGGUAAAUACCACAAAAUAUGAUUCGAGGUAAAUACCACAAAAUAUGAUUCGAGGUAAAUACCACAAAAUAUGAUUCGAGGUAAAUACCACAAAAUAUGAUUCGAGGUAAAUACCACAAAAUAUGAUUCGAGGUAAAUACCACAAAAUAUGAUUCGAGGUAAAUACCACAAAAUAUGAUUCGAGGUAAAUACCACAAAAUAUGAUUCGAGGUAAAUACCACAAAAUAUGAUUCGAGGUAAAUACCACAAAAUAUGAUUCGAGGUAAAUACCACAAAAUAUGAUUCGAGGUAAAUACCACAAAAUAUGAUUCGAGGUAAAUACCACAAAAUAUGAUUCGAGGUAAAUACCACAAAAUAUGAUUCGAGGUAAAUACCACAAAAUAUGAUUCGAGGUAAAUACCACAAAAUAUGAUUCGAGGUAAAUACCACAAAAUAUGAUUCGAGGUAAAUACCACAAAAUAUGAUUCGAGGUAAAUACCACAAAAUAUGAUUCGAGGUAAAUACCACAAAAUAUGAUUCGAGGUAAAUACCACAAAAUAUGAUUCGAGGUAAAUACCACAAAAUAUGAUUCGAGGUAAAUACCACAAAAUAUGAUUCGAGGUAAAUACCACAAAAUAUGAUUCGAGGUAAAUACCACAAAAUAUGAUUCGAGGUAAAUACCACAAAAUAUGAUUCGAGGUAAAUACCACAAAAUAUGAUUCGAGGUAAAUACCACAAAAUAUGAUUCGAGGUAAAUACCACAAAAUA